CAACACUUCAGCAGGGAAGAAUGGACCGGCCGAAUGCGAAGCAGGGCCCAGGUCUCCCGGGCCGUGCCGAUAUCGCGACGACGCCGCCCGAGUCGGACAAAGCACCGUCUACAGCGCCACCUACGCCAACGUUUGUGAGCUCAGGAUUCGACACAGGCGACAUCUUCCGCGAAGAAGACGUGUUCCCAUGGCUGUUUUUAACUUCAGAUUUGGCGCCGCUGGACCAAACGUUGUCAUUUGGCGAUGAGAUCAAAGACGACGACUUGUUUCACUUUGCUCCUUCCGCUGAACCACCAGAGGCGUCAAUCGCACCCGAUGCACCACCGACAUUAACCUCAACAUCGGCCAAGCAGCAUUCGUUGGACGGUGGUAUUCAGCCCCCGAUCGCAUCACCGUCGUCGUCCACAUCCUCCUUCCUCGCUGCACCCAAACCUCCUCUUAUGAAACGCGAAUCUACCGCGGGGAGUUCCGUGGCGUCGUUUGACUCGGACGAAUCCGACUCGGACUCGGACAUGGACGACAGCGACGGUGCAUCGUCGAGCCGAACGACGGCACAAUCGUCAGAUCUGUCCAAGAAAAAGCGCAAGCGACUAAAGCGAAACCGGGACUCGGCGAGGGAGAGUCGGAAGCGGCGUAUGGCGCGAAUCCAGGAGAACGAACUUCGCCUGAAGAAGCUCGAGUUAGAGAACCUCGAUUUGAAAAUGCGUCUGCGGAUCGGCAAAGAAGCCAUCGUAGUCGAGCGGCAGGAGAAGGCCAGCUACAAGCAAAAGAUGCAUCACUUGCUCCAGACUGGCGCGAGUCCGGCCGAAGUCGCCAAGUUCAUCGAGUUGUACAAGGCCAACUACAGCGACUACGGCGCGAAGAGACGAGAGACCAUCGCAUUCCAUAUCGCUCGGGUGCGCGACCUGCUUCUCCCGACGCAAGUGACCAAGAUGUGUAUGUACUCGGUCGAGAAUGCGGACGAAGUCAAGAUGAAGAGAGCGUCGGCCGUGCCUCGCCCGGUCGCUGUCGAUGAACAAGCGAAUCUGUGGGAGAUUCUCGCAAAGGAACUCGACAUCACCGAGGCCCAGCAACGCCAGAUCUUUACACGGCGCGACCAGAUCAAGCUCCUGCGCGACAACUUGACCAAGAACCUGCGCAACCUCGCUGCGUUCGAAGUGGCCACGCACGAAAAGAACCGGUCCCUUGACAACGAAGUGUCGCUGCUCCAGACGAUCUUGACGCCGCAGCAAGCCACCAAGUUUAUCAUUUGGGUCAAAGACAACCCGGCGUUCAUGUACAUGCUCGACCAGUUAGUACAGUCGAUCAUUGUCGGCACCGACGAUGUCGAGGGCCAGCUCUCGUCAUAACUUAAACCGCGUUCUUUCCAUGGUGGUGGAAAUGUACUAACGCCUGACUAGUACAUGUGGAUGCAACUGUACAAAUGCAUACGUACCUGUACAAACGAAU